UUCUUGCCAAUGGAGAAAGAAAAGCCUUAGACCUAACCAUCCCAGCAAAUCCCCUUCCUCCCUUCUUCACCAACCCACAGCCAGCCCCUUUUUACCAUUUCCCAGCCCCAAGAAACCAAAGCGAUUACCAUCUUCGUCAUCCAUAUCCCAUCCCCGCAAAAGGAACUCCUAUAAAGAAUUGGACGGAGCCAUCACCAGCAGCAGCGCCACCACCACCAAGAUCCUGUCCUUUUGUGCGACCUGACUUGCUCCCUUCAACUCGCAGUUGUAGCUCGACAGUGGUUUCCUUUUCUGCGAGAUUGCAUCUUCUUGUUCUUCCCCCACCCAUUUGAUUGACACCUGAGAAAGUGAGAGCGAGAUUUCUUCUCCCUUAUCUUGUUUGCUCCAGGCUUUUUUGGUCUUAAACCUCCCGUAGCAAAGCUACUUUUGUCUUCCUGGCUGGUUCUUAAUCUCGUCGAUUGGGUUGGAAAACCCCCCAAGAAUCUCCCGGAGCCCCGUUGCUAGAUCCAGGGAGCUUUCUGUGUUGUUCUGCCGUAAUCCGUAGGAAAUACCUGGGGAAAAGCGCCGGAAUCCCCCAUCGGAGGGUCAGCGCCGGGGGAGUCGCCAAUGCAGACGGACGCGAGCAGCAACGCUACCGGCGGCGGCGGCGCGAAUGCUGCGAGGCCGACGCUGCCGCCGCCGGUGACCGCCGCGCCGGCGGCGUCGUCCGGGAGGCCGGCGUCGGUGCUGCCGCACAAGACGGCCAACGUACGCGACCACUACCGCAUCGGGAAGAAGCUGGGGCAGGGGCAGUUCGGCACCACGUACCAGUGCGUGGCCAAGGAGGGCGGGGGCGACUUCGCCUGCAAGUCCAUCCCCAAGCGCAAGCUGCUGUGCCGCGAGGACUACGAGGACGCCUGGCGCGAGAUCCAGAUCAUGCACCACCUCUCCGAGCACCCCAACGUCGUCCGCAUCCGCGGCGCCUACGAGGACGCCCUCUUCGUGCACAUUGUCAUGGAGCUCUGUGCCGGCGGCGAGCUCUUCGACCGCAUCGUGGCCAAGGGGCACUACAGCGAGCGCGCCGCCGCACAGCUCAUCAGGACAAUCGUCGGGGUCGUGGAGGGAUGCCACUCGCUCGGCGUCAUGCACCGGGACCUCAAGCCGGAGAACUUCCUGUUCGCCAGCACCGCUGAGGACGCGCCGCUCAAGACCACCGAUUUUGGGCUCUCCAUGUUCUACAAGCCUGGUGAUAAAUUCUCUGAUGUUGUUGGGAGCCCCUACUAUGUUGCGCCUGAGGUGCUUCAGAAAUGCUAUGGGCCAGAAGCUGAUGUCUGGAGCGCUGGGGUGAUUCUGUACAUUUUGCUAUGUGGUGUUCCCCCAUUUUGGGCAGAAACUGAAGCAGGAAUCUUCAGGCAGAUCCUUCGAGGCAAACUUGACUUUGAAUCUGAACCCUGGCCUACUAUCUCCGACAGUGCUAAAGAUCUAGUCCGUAAUAUGCUUUGUCGGGAUCCUACAAAGCGACUCACUGCUCACGAGGUUCUCUGUCACCCAUGGAUUGUUGAUGAUGCUGUGGCGCCUGAUAAGCCUAUUGAUUCUGCUGUUUUGUCACGGCUGAAGCAUUUUUCUGCAAUGAACAAGCUCAAGAAGAUGGCAUUGAGGGUUAUUGCUGAAAGUCUGUCUGAGGAAGAGAUUGGAGGCCUAAAGGAGCUGUUCAAAAUGAUUGAUACUGACAAUAGUGGGACCAUAACAUUUGAUGAGCUGAAAGAUGGCUUGAAAAGAGUGGGCUCAGAAUUGACCGAACAUGAAAUCCAGGCUUUAAUGGAUGCAGCGGAUAUCGACAACAGUGGUACUAUCGAUUAUGGUGAAUUCCUCGCAGCUACAUUGCACAUGAACAAACUGGAGAGGGAGGAGAACUUGGUAUCAGCAUUCUCAUUUUUCGACAAGGAUGGAAGUGGCUUCAUAACCAUCGACGAGCUAUCACAAGCAUGCCAUGAAUUCGGUCUGGAUGACGUCCACCUUGAGGAUAUGAUCAAAGAUGUCGAUCAGAACAAUGAUGGGCAAAUCGAUUACAGCGAGUUCACGGCGAUGAUGAGGAAGGGCAAUGCCGGCGCCACAGGGAGGCGUACCAUGAGGAACAGCUUGCAUCUGAAUCUCGGCGACAUCUUGAAUCCCAGCAACAACUAACUCGUCGUCACAGGAAGGAAAUGCCAGGCCCGGUGGAUGCCAUUUUCUGGAAGUUUUUGCGUGCCUCAUCAACUGGACUAAUCCGAGAGAUGGAUUUUCGUGGCAGUAGCUAGAGUGGGGGAGAAAUGGCGCACUGUCUACCUUGUAACCAAAUCUUAGAUGCUGGAGUGGAGGUUAUAAUGCGAUGAACAUUGAACCAACUGUUAUAUGUAUUCCUGUCAUUGUAGGUUGUUGAACAUGGUUGGUGGUAGCUGGGGAUUAGUAUCAAUGUUUCUGUUCCCUGUCAAAGUACAAGUGCAGUAGGUUCAUGCUAAAGCCUUAAAUGCCAAUGUAGUUCCAAUUUGUUCAGAUCCUGCUUCUCUGUGUGGGUUA